AGUCCUGCUCGACAAUUAGAAUUAGCUGCUGCAUAUAUGAAAGACAAUACUCAAGAAUGGUUUACUAGCCUUGCUAAUGCUUCUACUCAUUACUAUCAUAAUCAACAUGGCCAAAAUGUAGAUAUAGAUCUUGCUAAUGGUAUCUCUGAAGCUAUAAUAGUUCAAUUCUUUAUUCAAGAUUUACGACCAGAAUAUGCUAUGAAUGUACAAGCCACUGAACUUGCUGAUCUAAACCAUGCUAUAGAAGAG